UUUCAAGAUGGCGGCAACAGAUGAGGAAGUUUUGUCGCCUGCUAAUAUAGAAAUAGUAAAAUGGAAAGUAACAAAAGGAAGCAUGGUUUUUAAAGGCUCUGUUCUUGCACUUUAUGUUCUCGUUGGAAAUGAAAACAAAACUCAACCGCUGAAGCUUAAGACAUCGAUUUCUGGUAUUGUUGCACACAUAAACAUUGAAGAGGGAAAAACAGCCAAUGCGAAUGAUGUCCUGCUGACCAUCCAACUCCAGUCUGAGAACAGCUGUACACACCCAACAAUCAUGAAAGACAUGUGUGCAGAUUGUGGGGCAGACCUACGCAGAGAUAAUGGUGUAGCUGGGGACAGAAAGAAAUCAGUCUCAGCAUCUGUUGCUAUGGUACACAGCAUCCCAGAGCUGAUAGUCAGUCAAGAGCAAGCACUAGAACUGGGCAGGAAGGAUGAGAGGAGACUUCUUCAGCAAAGGAAACUUGUUUUGUUGGUGGAUUUAGAUCAGACUGUGAUUCACACAACCAAUGACAACAUUCCCUCUAACUUGAAAGAUGUCAAACACUUCCAGUUGUGGCAUGGCAAAGGCUACAUGUGGUACCACACGCGGUUCCGUCCCUUUACUUUGAGAUUUCUUGAAGCUGUGUCCAAGAUGUAUGAGCUGCACAUCUGCACAUUUGGUGUGCGCAUGUAUGCCCACACAAUCGCACGCCUGCUUGACCCUGAAGAGAAGUAUUUCUCUCACCGGAUCCUCUCAAGGGAUGAAUGUUUUGAUGCCCUGUCCAAGACAGCCAACUUGAAAGCCUUGUUUCCAUGUGGAGACAAGAUGGUUGGGAUCAUAGACGACCGCGAGGAUGUCUGGAACUUUGCCCCUAACCUCAUCCACGUCAAGCCUUACCGCUUCUUUCAAGGCACCGCAGACAUCAACGCACCUCCUGGCUUGACCAAAUCUGAACAUGACAACGAACCUUUGGCCCAUAAAAUUGUGGACCACUCGGAGGAAUACAAGAAAGAAUGUUUGGCUAAGAUGGACAGCAAGAAAACAUCUGAAGAUACAAAGAAAGAAGAAGGUAGUGGCAAAGAUGAUGAUCCAGUUUUUAAAGAAGAUGCGACUCCUGCAGAAGCUGAGGUUGUGGGUAAUGUGGAUAAAACCAGUGAAGAUAGUUCAGGUCAAGUAGAAGACUCAUGUUUGACAAACAAGGGAGACACUAGUGAGCAGUCAGUGUCCAGUGAUCUGAUGGAGGUAGAGGGUUCAGGUGAUGGUGUGGUCACUUUAGAUCAGAAACCUGGACAGGGUACUAAGUGUGAGGAUAACGUUGUAGGUGAUGUGGGUGAUAACAAUUGUAGCAAUGAUGAAACAGAUAAGAAAGAAAGUUGUAUUUCUAUUGAGGAAAAGAAAGAUAGUGGCAGCGAUGUUGGUAGUGUUCAUGUGGAGAAGACAGGUAGUGAGAAUGAAAAGGAUGAUGCUGGUAAGAAAGAGGUAAGUAAAGACGAUGAGGAGUUGGAGUGGGAUGAUGAAGACGACUACCUCCUCCAUUUGGAGGAGAUUCUCACCCGCGUACACAAAGCUUACUACGAGUUGUACGAACAGUCGCAGGGGAAAGGCUCGGAUGAGCUCCCAGAUUUGAAGAACAUCAUUCCAUAUGUCAGGAAGAAGGUCCUCAAGGGCGCCAAUAUUGUGUUUAGUGGGAUGUUCCCUUUAAACAUGCCAGCCGAGCAGAGCCGUGCCUUCAUUGUUGCCAAAGCCUUAGGAGCUAAUGUCCAGAUGGAUAUUGUGCCCAAGUCGUCUAAAAAUGGGACAGGUGAAGCUACAACGCACCUGGUGGCUGCGAAGGCUGGCACUGGGAAGCAUAAGACAGCGCUGAAGACUAAAGGUGUGCAUGUGGUGAGUGGGGACUGGUUGUGGGCGUGUAACGAGAGGUGGGAGUGGGUGGAGGAGAGCCUGUACCCCCUGGUCAGCAAAGACUCAAAGACCUCACCUAGUCCUGAUCCAAGUUUUUUAGAAAAAAAAAACUCCAGGAAACGUAAGCUUAAGGGAGAUGAUGAAGAAGAAGAAGAGAAAGUGAAUGAUGCGGAUGUUAAAGGUAAUGGUGACAGUAGCAGUAAAAAAUGUAAAGUAUCAGACACGGAGUCACCAGAGUCUACAGCUGAAGUAGAGUCUACAGGUGAAGUAGAGUCGGUAGCUACAACCUCUGGUGACACCAAAGACACAGCCUUUGCCAGUAGCUUCAACCCCCUGUACUCAUUCUCUGAUGAAGACAUCGAGUUCAUGGACAAAGAGGUGGACGAGAUCAUGGGGGAGGAUGAGGACAGUUCGGACGAGUCAGAUGAGGAGAGGGAGGUGCGUCUGAGGGAGAAGGUGCUGGGUAAAAGUGCGGAGUCAGACUCUGACUCUGACAGUCUUUCAGGGGAUUUCCCCAGGGGUUGGAAGCUGCGUAGAAAAUCUUUCUCGCCCGAGAAGAAAGAGGAGGCGGAGGAGGGCGAGAAGAGGACAGAUGCUGAGGAUGAUGACGAGACAGAGAAUGAGUUAGAGCGGUACCAGAAAAACAUGGCAGCGUUUGUCCAGCCUGAGGACAGCCAAUCAGAUUCCAGCCGUUGUAGUGAUUCUAUUGGCUCGGUGGAUGAUGAGAUAGCGGAGGCCGUAGAGAAGGAAUUUUUGGGCACAUAAACUUGUUUUGUUGGCUUUAGUAAACUGUUUUAAAUUGACUGGCUUUCAAGAUCUGGUUCUAACGAGAUUUUUAGUUGCCUUACAGAUGUGGUCUGAUGUGGUAGCUACAACUGGAGGUGUUGAAACCUUGACGCCCAAGUUGUAGUUAUGACUCUCAUUUUGCAUUUGUGACUCAUAGCAAUGACUCUUUUUACAGAUCUUUUGCGGUUUCAGGGCAGCAGUAUAGGAUCAAAGAAUUCUGUUUUUUUCCCUAUGUAUGUUACUGUUUGGAUUGUAAAUUGUUGUUGAUAAUUAAAAUAUGUACAGCUAAUUA